UUCUCCGCAAUUUACAAAAGUUAUAUUUAGAUAAUAUGAUAUUUUAUUAUUAAAAUAAGAGACGAUUUUUUAAGAAGGCGUAAAAAUAAGGAUGAUUUCAUUUUGAAGUUGCUUAUGAUUCAAUUUUUAGAGAAUAAUACUCGUAAUAUAAUAACAAUGCAACAUUUUUCAUGGUUAUUAUUGAGUUUAAGUUUGUGUUUUUAUACAUGCCAAGCUGAAAAAAAUUGUCAUGACGUAAUUGGAAUUUCAGUGAUCAAAAAUUUUAAUGAUGAAUCAUGUCAAUUACACAAAGGAGUUAGUCCAAACAGUUUAUCAAAUUUUUCACUAGCUAGAUAUUCUUUUAUGAUUAACAAUAAAAAGAGUUCAAUCAUUUUGUACGAUUCUUGUGGUGAUAAUGAUCGUACUUUAAAAGCUGUUUUCGAUACUUUAGAAUGGGUGAAUAUAAAUUGUUUGAGUAUUCCUAAUUUUUUGGGAUUUAUUGGACCUGAUGAGCCUGAAGAAAUAGAGACAGCUUUAAAAGUAACUUCAGCCUUAAAGCUUCCACAUAUUUCAAGUUUAUCUGCCCCUAAAUCUUCAACUUAUUCACAUUUUUUGCCUCAAGAAAAAAAAAAUUUAAUACCACAGGCUCUUCUUAAACUUACUGAUACUUUGCGAUGGAAAGCGAUAACUAUUAAGAAGAAUACUCGAAAUGAUAACAUAAUGAAAAUAGCUGAUAAUUUUAUAAGAGCUUCACUGAAAAACAAAAUAUGUUUAACAUCAGAGCAAACAUCGCAUAUCAUUUAUUUUGGAGAAUGGAAUGAAGAAUUUUUCAAUUCAGUGAACAAUGCUUUUAUAAUUGUUAUAACUUCUGAAAAUAUCUCUAAUGAAAAACUCCAAAGUUCGAAUUUGAAAAAUACUUUUUUAAUUGUAGAUAAUAUUGGUAAACUCUACAGCGGCUCAGAAAUGAAUCAACUAGAAAAUAAAUUACAAUCUGCCAUAAAAAAUUUAGAAAAUUCAAAUGAAGUAUUAGAUGCUCUCAAUAUUUAUAUAACAUCCUUACAAGGUAUUUGUCAAAAAAGCAACUGUCAUGCAAAUUAUGAUGAAUGGAAUCAACUUAUUGAUGAAACUAUAAAAUCGAAGAUUAGCAGCACUGACGCAAAUAUACAUUUUAAAGUUAUUGAUAAACGUAAUGAACUCCAAAAUGUAGGUGAAAUGAAAAUCCAUGAUGAAAAAAUUGAAUUAUUUUGGAAGAAAAAUAAACUAACAGAUUUGAACAUUAAUUCUCAAUGGCCCCUGACACAAUUUGUGAUGGAGAAUGAUUCAAUCGAUUCGUGUGAUGGUAAAUUAUUUGAUAUAGAAAACUCCAUGAACAAAGCUGUUGAAACUUAUUUUACCACGGAGAUCUCAAAUUCAGAGUGGUGGAAAAUGAUAGGUACAGUGACUGGUAUUGGUGUUGCUAUGUUUGCUUUCGGAUUCUGUGCAGUUUAUAUCAUCUAUUCAAACAUUCGAGGGCCUAAGGAAGCAACAGGUCGUAAGCCGGAACGUAAUUACAGCCUGAAGGGAAUAACAAGAAAUCGAGCUGGUUCACACAUGAAUAAUGAGCCGAAUUUAAGAAGAAAUGAAAGUAGAAGUAGCAUUAAAAGUAGUAUUUCUGAUAAGAGUGUGUAAUAACUGUCAAGUUAAUUUCUUUGUUCGAUUCUUGAUCAUUUGAUGAUGUUGAAUUAUUUUUGGAACACAUAAUUUAGUAAUUUGAUGCAGUUUCAUUUAUAAAAGCUAUUUUCAACAAAAAAUAUGUAACAACCAAUUAUAACUAGAUGCAGACUUAGUGAAAAAAUAAAAACCUUUUUUUUCAUCAAUUGAAA